AUGGAUAAUGUACCCUAUGCUAGUGGGAUUGAGAGCCUAAUGUAUGCGAUGGUAUGUACUCGACCUGAUUUGGCUCAAGCAAUGAGCAUUGUUAGCAAGUUUAUUUCUAACCCUGAAGAAUCUCACUGGGAAGCUCUUAAAUGGAUUUUAAGAUAUGUCAAAGGCACUCUUGAUGUUGGUUUAAUCUAUGAUUCAAGGUUUACUAACAAAGAUGAAGUGGCUGGUUAUGUUGACUCUGAUUAUGCAGGAUGUCUAGAUACUCGAAGAUCUACCACUGGUUAUGUUUUUACAGCUCAAAAUGGAUGCAUUAGUUGGAAAGCUACACAACAGAAAGUGGUUGCUCUGUCUUCAACCGAGGCAGAAUACAUGGCUACAACAGAGGCUAUCAAGGAAGAUAUUUGGAUUAAAGGAUCGACAAAAGAGCUCGAUUUCAACUAUAAAAACCUCACUGUAUAUUGUGACAAUUAG